GGGGCGGGGCCGCCGGCGUCUGACGUCCCGUGCGUCGCCCGCCGCGGAGCAGCGCGGGAACCGGCGGCCAGGCGGUGCGAAGACACAAAAAUGACAAUCCAGUGGGUGGCAGUUGCAACCUUUCUGUAUACCGAAAUAGGACUCAUUUUACUCUUCUGUGUACCUUUCAUUCCUCCUCAGAGAUGGCAGAAGAUUUUGUCAUUUAAUGUCUGGGGUAAAAUUGCAACGUUUUGGAACAAGGCUUUCCUAACAAUUAUAGUCCUAUUGAUCGUUCUAUUUCUAGAUGCUGUCAGAGAAGUGAGGAAAUAUUCCUAUGCUCAUUCCCUUGAGAAGAUCUCAGCCACCAAAACAAGCGCCUAUGAACAUACACAGAUGAAACUUUUCAGAUCUCAAAGAAAUCUUUACAUUUCGGGAUUUUCGUUAUUUUUUUGGCUGGUGUUGAGACGUCUGGUUACACUUAUUACUCAGCUGGCAAAAGAACUGUCAAACAAAGGAGUACUUAAAACUCAAGCAGAAAAUACUAAUAAGGCUGCCCAGAGAUUCAUGGAAGAGAAUGAAAAACUUAAACGGAUCUUGAAAACCCAAGGCACAGAUGAGGAAUGUGUUUUGGAAGCAGAAAAUAAAAAACUAGUAGAAGACCAGGGAAAACUGAAAACUGAAUUAAAGAAGACUUCAGAUGCCCUUUCUAAGGCACAAAGUGAUGUGAUGACAAUGAAGAUGCAGUCAGAGAGACUUUCAAAAGAAUAUGAUCGACUCUUGAAAGAACACUCAGAGCUUCAGAAUCGUUUAGAAAAAGGCCAUAAGAAAGGCCUGUGAACUUUAUGAAAGAAGACUGGAACACAUCGGGUCAAGAUAAAUUUGUUAGUUUGGCAGCCACAAGAAAAUUUAAAAUUCAGUUUAGAGAAGUGCACUAUGACUGGCCAACAGUUUCUAUUUUUAAUGCCACACAUAAGGUGUAUAGUAAUAAUGCUGUCAAAAUGUUUGAUACUGUUUCAGAUAUAUUAUAAACUAUAUAUUCUAGCUCUUUAAAAAACUAUAAGCAUGUUAAAUUCCAUAUUUACAUGUUGAUAAUAACAUUGGUGUAUGAUGGCUAUUUACAAAUAAAAGAAAAAAUUCAUUGCCCAGUUACUUCCAAAAUUAGUUUUUGAAAGUUGCAUGAAACCAUUAAUAAUAGCCUUCACACUUUUGAUGGCUUUUCCUUAAUACUAUAAUUGGAUGAAUAUGCCAAUGUGUUUGAAAGUAGGACUCAGUAUCAGCAAAUCUGUUUACAGGGAAAUUAAAUGAGGAUAAAUAAUAAGAAUUAGCCACUGUAUAUAUAGAAAAGACUCAGAAGGAAUAAUGAAAACAAAUCACCUUUUUUUUUUUUUUGAGUAACAGUACUACGGUUUACUGCAAUAACAAGACAGCUGUAUCGAUAAUUAUAUUUUUGUUACUGUGCUUCUGCACCUGUUGGACUGUUUUUUUUAUUGACAUUUGUGUUGGCACAACAUAUUUAGUAAGUAUUCUACCUCUUCAGGUUCCUCUAGCAAUAGAGUUGACAUCUCUUCACAUAGCUGUCACAGCACUGAACUGAGCUGAUUUUGCAAUGUGGAAUUCGACUGAAAGAGUUACUAUAUAACAUGUCCAAAAAGCAGUGUUUUCUCUGGAUGUGACAGUUAUACAAAUCUUACUUCAAAGCAUGCACACUGGUGUCACAUAGUUUCUCUUGGAUGUUUCUACAUUCUGAACAUUAAAUACUAUUUUUCCAUUCAGUAUUCAUUUAGAGGUAAUGAUUAUAAUAUUAAUUUGAUUUUGUUUGUUUCAGUGUUUAAACAUGAAAAUCCACUUCCUUGUCUCAUAAAGACCGAAAUAUAAAAGAAAAUAAAGUAUAAGUAGAGUUUUUA